CCAGCCGGCGAGCGGCGAGGAUGUGCGAGAGCUACUCGCGGUGGCUGCUGCGCGUGUCGGUGGCGCAGGUGUGCCAGGCGCUGGGCUGGGACGCGGUGCAGCUCUCGGCGUGCGACCUGCUCACCGACGUGCUGCAGCGCUACCUGCACUCGCUGGGCCGCGGCUGCCGGCGCUACUGCGAGCUCUAUGGCCGGACAGAUCCAAUUUUGGAGGACGUAGGUGAAGCCUUCAAGCUUAUGGGGGUCAGCCUGCAUGAACUGGAAGAUUACAUCCUCAACAUAGAGCCAGUCACUUUUGCACAUCAAAUCCCCGCAUUCCCUGUCAGCAAGAAUAAUGUCCUGCAGUUCCCCCAGCCUGGAAGCAAAGAUGCGGAAGAGAGGAAAGAGUAUAUUCCCGAUUACAUGCCACCUAUCGUCUCUUCUCAAGAAGAGGAAGAAGAGGAGCAGGUUCCAACUGACGGAGGAACUUCAGCAGAAGCCAUGCAGGUUCCUUUGGAGGAGGAAGGAGAGAUGGAAGAAGAUGAAGCUGUUAAUGAUGAAAAUUACUUAAGCAAGAGGCCACUAGAAAGUCCAGAAUCUGAGGAAAUGCCUGCUAUUAAGCGGCCAAAACUGGCUCCUAUGAAAGGAGAUGCUCUGGAUGGGGCAGUGGAGCCGCGUGAACCUCUUAGUUCAAUAAACGCCCAGAAAGUGCCACCAAUGCUUUCCCCAGUUUGUGUUCAGGUUAGUGCUGAUUUGGUUCCACCAUCCCCAGAACCUCCCAUAUUGGCUCCCAUUGCAAAAUCACAGUUGCCUGUUUCCAAACCAUUAGAAUCAAGAGCAUUUGCACCUAAAGCAAAGGUGAAAACAAGUUCUCCGGGGCAGAAGACUAAAAUGCCUAAAGUUCCUCCAUCUCCAGCAGUUACUGGAAGCCCCAUUCGCUCACCAAAAACUGGACCGAAAGAAAAGAAAUCACCAGGCCGAACCAAGAGCCCCAGAAGCCCUAAGAGUCCAAAAGUUCCAGCUCAUGCUCCCCCAGUUCCUCCAGCCAAGCCGGAGACACCAAGCAGAACUCCCUUGGCAGCAUUAAGUGAGAAAAUGGGGAAGGAGAAUAUCCAAGUAAAACAAGGUUUGACCCCAGCUGACCCCGGAAAGCCCCACACUGAGAAUCCAACCAAGAAAGUGGCAGUGACUGAUAAGACAAUUGAUGAUUCUAUUGAUGCGGUAAUUGCCCGAGCAUGUGCUGAACGGGAUCCUGAUCCAUUUGAGUUUUCCUCAGGGUCAGAAUCGGAAGGGGAUAUUUUUACCAGCCCUAAACGAAUCUCUGUGUCAGAGACUACAGCACCUAAAGCUUCUGUUUCAGCCAAUAGCAGUUUAAAUAAAGCAGGAAGCACCCCUGUUCCUCCCUCUGGUGGAACAUCAAGUUCAGACAUUUCAUGGACAAUGGAUGACUCAAUAGACGAGGUCAUUCGAAAAGCAAACAUGGGUAUUCCUGCUAAUUUACCUUCAAACUUCCCUUAUUUUUCAUCUCCUUCUGCUUCUCCACCAACGCCAGAACCUCUGCUCAAAGUUUAUGAGGAGAAAACUAAGCUGGCUUCAUCUGUAGAAGUGAAAAAAAAACUGAAAAAAGAACCAAAGACAAAAAUGAAAAAGAAAGAGAAGCAGAAGGACAAGGAGAAAAUCAAAGAGAAAAACAAAGACAAGGAGAAAAACAAGGAGAAGGAUAAAGACAAGGAAGGAGGUAAGGACUCAAAAUUUCCAUGGAAGAAUCUCAUUCGAGAUGACAAUUUGGACGCUUACAAGUACGAAACAAAGGACUUUGAUGAUGACCCCAAAGUAAAGGUAAAAGAUGGCAGUACUAAAAAAGAUCGUGAGAAACAUAAAGAUAAGAAGAAAGAGAAAGAGAAAGGAAAGAAAGAUAAAGAAAAGAAAGACAAACAGAAGGUUAAGGAUAAAAAUAAAGACAAGGUGAAAGCCCCUCUGGUUUUGCCUGCCAAAGACUUGCCCAUGGCCUUGUUCAGCACUCCAGCCAUGAAACUCCCAUCACUGAUGCCUCCGCUCUCGUCAGUACUUCCAGAAAAACUAUUUGAGGAGAAAGAGAAACCCAAAGAAAAGAAAAAAGAUAAGAAGGAGAAGAAGAAGAAGAAAGAGAGAGAGAAGGACAAGGAGAAGGAAAAGAAGGAGAAGGAGAAGGAGAAGAAGGAAAGGGAGAAGAAGGAGAAGGAGAAAGAGAAGCACAAACAUGAAAAACAGAUCAAAGUGGAACCUGUUGUUCCUGCACCAUCUCACGUGAUUCCCAGGCUGACACUGAAAGUUGGGGCUGGGCAGGACAAGAUUGUCAUCAGCAAGGUGGUGUCCACCCCAGAGGCUAAGCCAUCGGCGCUCCAAGCUCGACCCAAGACGCCACCCCCUCCAGCAAUUCCUGCACCGGCCCCCAUCCAUGUCACCCCUCCUCCUCCUCCAGUAGUCCCCCCUCUGCCCCCGGCCACCAUAUCCCCAGCUCUUAUUCCACCACUGUCUCCAGCCGUGUCUGCUGUGGGGGGCACCAAACCGCCGGUUCGGAGUGUGGUGACAGAGACUGUCAGCAAUUAUGUGAUCCGAGACGAAUGGGGCAACAAGAUCUGGAUCUGCCCUGGCUGCGAGAAGCCGGAUGACGGCAGCCCGAUGAUCGGUUGUGACGACUGCGAUGACUGGUAUCACUGGCCAUGUGUCGGGAUUACGGCCGCUCCCCCAGAAGAAAUGCAGUGGUUCUGCUCCAGGUGCGCCAGCAAAAAGAAGGACAAAAAGCAUAAGAAGUGGAAGCACAAAGCGCACUGAAGCCCCUGCGGAGAUUUGCUGGACUGUCGCUUCAGCCCCCUGCCCUGGCGCCUUUUCUGGAGAGAUUCGAGCAGGCUUCUGCCGCCAUCGAGUUUGGAGGAUUACAGUUCUUGAGCAAACCAGGAACAAAAGUGCGUAGAGUCUGCCCUGAGCCUCUUCUCUCCUCCUCAGGCGGUGUGGACCUUGACCAAGAGCGGCCUGCCACAGACUCACCGACACAAGAACCAUGAACUGAGCCACCUAGGUCUCGAGGCGGUGAACGCUCUGUUGCUCCACAGCAGCAGUGACGCUUGUAAAUAUUGCUUUUUCCUCACCUGCGUCUCUUUGAGAAACUGGAGAGACUCACAAACGGAAGCAGCGGUCCUUUGGGAGCUACUUGAACAAUUUCUGCAGCUCUCGGCAUCCUCCCGCGUAGCCAGAUAAUCAUAAAUGACAUAGAGUGGAGUGAGUGGCUGGUAAAUAUUUUUCUGAUAAGAAUGUGUGAAGCUUUUCCUCCCACUCUUUUUCUCCCCCAGCCCCUUCCAAUUUUUAGGACCUCACAUAAAUAAACAUGCUUUAGCUUUUUGUGAAAUAACUUCUAUUUUUCUUAAGAAAAGGAAAGUUUCUAUUGUGGCCAUUUUUCUUAUUUUGCACGUGUGUUUCUUUUGCUUGUAAUAUAUGACCGACUUCCCUCCCACUGCCCGUGUGUCCCCAGGUCAUUCACAUGAAUAGAUUUUUAUUCAAGUUGGUGUCUGCAAGGAGCCAUUGGUUAUUUUCAAAUUUUGGGACAGGAUUUUUUUUUAGUGUACAGCUGGACUAACUUCUAGAAUCAUAUAAGAUUAUACGUCUUUCUGGAAUGGUGGGGGAGGGAAUUAGAAAAUACUUACACCUUGUCUUCAGCACUGCUUUUCUCAAGCUACAUUUUAAGAUGUGGGUUAAUUCUAUCAAGUUAUACCUGAACCAAAAGGUAUUUACCUAUGUGAAAAUUGCGAGAAGGACUGAUCCAUACCUACCUUCAUUUCUGAGUUGGGGUACAAAAGGGACCUGAGCUUAAAUGCUAGGAUGCAUUCACAGUCAUGGCAGCUGCGUCUGGCACAUGUGUGCACACACCGCAGUGGCCAAGUUUCCCUUCAAAGUCCUCAGAUGCAGCACUCCGAAUUGAAGGGAGACUCAGUUCCUUAAAUGCCUAGGCACCAUUUGAAAUAGUGCCAUGCACGAGUUUUCUCUCUCAACUUCAGGAAUUGUUUUGACUUAAGGUAAAAAAGGGUGUAAAAGAAUAAAAUCAUACGUGUAGAAGAUGGUUUAGGAUGAAGACAGAACUGGUUCCUUCUUCCUCUCAUGAAUUUCAGGAGGGCCAGCCAGACAUCCAACAAGGCCCGGCUUCCAUUCCUCAGUUGGUCUGGGGUAGACCAGUUGUAAUCUCUCCUUCAAAGAUGGUGCUUUAACUAUGUCCCUGCCAUGCCGGGAAGGUGCCACACUUCCUUGAACCUGGAAACUGCAGCGCAUCUUCUUCCUGAAUAACAUGUGCCUGCAAACAUACACCUUCAGAGGCGCUGCGAGUGAUUGCAAGACCGUACGUGUUCCAUUAAAACAUUGGCAGACGCCGUUUUCAAAUAACAUCAGCCAGUAUUCUGUACCUAACACCCCAAUGCCAGAAAAUGCAUUAGCUGUAUAAAAACAGAGAAGUUUGCCAGAUCUGAGAGUCGCAAAAAGAAUGUUAAACUGGAAUCGCCCCCUUGUUUUCAAAUCAUUGUCUGUCUGCCACCAGUCCGACUGCACCCACGCUUGUUUGAGUCAGUAGUGUGGGAACCACGCGUCUUUCAUUUUUGAGCUGUAAUUCUUUUGUGAAUCUUUCACAUAAAUGCUGCAUUUUGAAGACAGACACAGUAUGUUCCUGAGAUGUACAUUAUCCAUGUCCCUUGUCAGAGGACAAGAAAACUUAAGUUGUCAUAAGAUCUGUAAACAUUGCUGGAUAAACAUUCUAGUCCAUUUCUUGGAGUGGGAAGUAACUCUUGUAUACAUGUGCAUCCUAUAUUCCGCAUUACAUUUAAGGAAGUAUAAA